AUGUCACAUAAUUUGGGACAAAUCAUAACACAUAGCCUCGGGGAGGGGUCCCGACGUUAUGCGUUAUGAGCCAGUGUACUGUAUAUCAAGGGGCUUUCUACACCCACCAACUACCCUUCGAGCUGUCACAACGGAGGACCAGAUGGUUCGCUAGUGUAAUGCUAGUGCACCUCUCAGACUUGGUGCAUGGCGUAUCUACUUUUCGGUUCACGAGCAGGAAAAAAUAAAAGAACCUCUCGUUAGUUGCUUCGCCGUCGUCAACCUUGCUGAUCCUACGUUACUAGCUCAAACAUCUACAAAGUCUUGUGGCGAUAAAUACAAUGGGCUUGACGGGAGCCUCCACCCAAGCUUCCUCACCCUGUGCCCCGGUCAAAAUCCAAUGCUGUCUUUACUUCUGAUAGCCUCUGCCGUUCUUUACCCGAUUCUUAUAUCUGCAAAAUAUUCCUGUGACUCAGGAACAACCAUGUGUUGUUCCAACACCACGACUACGGACACAGCAGCUGCUGAAGAAAUCCUCGCUGAAUAUUCUAUCAGCGAGUCUGGGCUGAGCGGUCUUAUCGGCUACGGGUGCAGUGCUCUCAAAACCGCGGAUGUUUCAGAAUGUAUCAACGAGACUGUCUGCUGCACCGGGCAGUACUAUGGUGAUGAAGUUGUUGUCAAUUGUACCACCACCGUGAGCGUCUGAAGGCGCAUGAACUUCCGCAUGGAGAGAUUGUGCUCUUUGAUGUUGCUUUGACGUGUGCAAUUCGAAGUACUGUCGUUUACUUGUUAUCUAUACCCAAGGAUCUUGCGUAUUUUGAAUCAUGAUUGUGAUUUAGCUCCUUUCUUUUGCGUUACAUUUUUAUCUUGCUGGAUUAUGCAGAGACGUAGAAAAUUGGAAUUUGCUCAUAUGAUACAGUGCACGUUUCGAUUAUUGCACCCUCUAGCAUGCUAAC